GGUAACUUUGGCAGUGUGAUCGCGUUCCAGCGUGUUACCAACACCUGUCCAACGUACAUCUUUCGUGUCGAAUACCAAUGCAUCAGUCAGGCCAAGGAGGUCUUAAAGGAGCUCACUGCAGACACACCCCACUACUUUGAGGUGAGCGCAACAUCACCGAAAUUUCACUGUACUCGUCGAUUCAGCGGGCUAACAUGCUACAGGACUGGGUCGUGAGCACGAAGCCGCUGAAGGAUCCCGUCGACAAUACCUCGAAACGCUCCAGUACAUCAAGCACGUUGAGCCAAUACCAUAUCGUCACCACACCCCAUCGCAUAAGUAGCCAAGGUGCCAACACGGCAUUCACUAGUCCAAGUGGACGCACAGCGUGGCAGCAGAACGAGGAUGGUACGAUGGUCGUGGUACCAGCUCCACGCGUGGUUGACAAGGUCUACCAAACUCCAGCGGGUGGCAGUGGUUAUGGAAAUGGCCAUUAUCGCCACAACUCGGGUUCAUCACCACACACGCCUGCUCCAUUCAACAGUGGCAAUCGUGGAAUGGGCAACCGAAACGACUCUUGGUCGUCACGACCCAGUCGCAACGUCGAGAAUGACUAUCCGACAAACGGCGAACCUCAGAGCGUCAAUGUCGAGCGCAUCAUGAGCGGAGUCGAUGUUCGCACCACGAUCAUGCUCCGCAACCUUCCCAAUCAAUGGGGUGCUAGUCACAUGAAGAGUAUCCUUGACACCACCAGUUGGGGUUGUUAUGAUUUCUCAUACCUUCGCAUCGACUUUCAACGCAACACAAACGUUGGCUAUGCCUUCGUCAACUUUUGUCAAGCGACCGACAUUGUUCCGUUCUAUCAGACUUAUAUUGGCAGAGAAUGGGACUCCUCUACUCCUGGUCGCAAGCGAGCUCAAAUUUCGUACGCCACCAUUCAAGGCUUCGAUUGCCUCAUCGAGAAGUUUCGCAAUUCCUCUAUCAUGGACGAGUACGCGGAGUUCCGCCCCAAGAUUUGGUGGACCAAAUUCGCAGCAGAAGCGGAAGGCAAGCCCGAGAAGAUUGGAACAGAGAAGGAUUUCCCUGCGCCCAAUAAUAUUUCAAAGAAGCAGCGUUCGCACGAUAAUGCUGGUUCCAUCGGCUUGUAUGCACCUCGCAGUGGUCAGCGUGGUACUGAUCGUCAUCGUCGCUCCCUAUAUGAUCGUGGAACGUCUGCACAGAUCCGAGAGGACGCCAUGCUGAAUCAGAUGUCGCCAAUGGGCAACAACUACACCUAUCAGCCUGGACCGGGUCCGAUCGGACCUCCACCAGCUUUUGGGCAGUACUACAACGCGCCUCCGAACUACAUGGGCAAUGCGUUUUUCCCCGUGAACGAUGGCAAUCAGGGCCGCUUUAUCAACCAAGACCCCUUCAAGGCUGCAUACCAUCCGCAGAUGCCGAUGUAUUCUGGUGUGCCCAAUUACACACCUCUGCAAUACAACAACAACAAUGUCAGCAUCAUGGGCACGAACAAUCCUGCCUCCGGGCUACGUACCAUUUCUCGUGGUCGCCUGGCGGGCCGUCCUAGGAAUGUGACCACAGCUCCCAACGUUUUCGACGGCACUGCCCCGGCCAUUGAGCCUGCAUAUGGUGUCAACUUCAAUCCGGUUAUGUAUGGAGAGCAAGGUGGUCCGAGUAGCCAUAGCGCGCCUCGAAGCAUGCAUCAGCACUCACAGGGUCCUUCCACCCAGCAUUACCAGCAACACCACGCCUCCGCUUUCAUGCCAGCACGUGGGAAUGUGCAGCACCACGGACUGCCAACCUCGCACCAGGCGGGUCUUAUUCUCGGUCCAAAUGAGUACGUGAACAGCUAUGGCCAAAUCGAAAUGGCGGGCAGCAGCAGUGGUCACUUCCAUCAAAACGGCGCCUCUCUUUCUCCAACACAGGCGAUUGGAUAUCCUCAGCAGAAUGAGUAUAUCAAUGGUCAUGGCCAGGUCGACAUGGCAGAGAGCAGCAGUCAGGCUCAGAUGCAGGCGCGUCACUCGACUUAGGCAUUUCCUUGAUCCGCAUCGACCUUGAGGCCUGCUGCAUGGUCUUCCGUCCAUGCUCGCGCAUGACUCGCCGCCUACUGCUCCCUUCCGCCAUCCAUUAUCUGUCAUUGCUUUCUUUCUUUUUUUCUUCGUACAUCUCCGAUGU